AUGGACAGGAACUACCCCAGCGCCGGCUUCGGGGACCCGCUCGGCGCCGGGGCGGGAUGGAGUUACGAGAGGUCAGCGAAAGCUAGCUUGGUCUAUGGCAGCUCCAGGACCUCGCACCCCGAGACCGACAUCUUACACCGCCAGGCCUACGCGGCCCCCCACCCACUGCAAAGCUAUGCCACCAACCACCACCCGGCAGGCCUCUCUGGACUCUUCGACACUGGCCUCCACCACGCGGGCUCAGCAGGGCCCGACGCCUCCGUCAUGAACCUCAUCUCAGCCCUGGAGUCCCGGGGCCCCCAGCCUGGCCCCUCUGCCUCCACUCUCCUCUCCCAGUUCCGCAGUCCUUCCUGGCAAACAGCCAUGCACACGCCAGGCCCCACGGAGCUCUUCAUUUCAGGCGCCCUGCCGGGUUCCAGCACCUUUCCAUCCUCCUCUGCCCUGUCGGCCUACCAGCACCCGGCUUCCUUCGGCAGCCGCCCCUUCCCAGUGCCCUCGUCCCUCAGCCUCCAAGACCCCCCGUUCAGCCCCCCAGCUAAUGGGCUCCUGUCCCCUCAUGACGUGUUGCACCUGAAGCCCUCACAGGCACCCACGGUGCCAUCCUCGCUGGGCUUUGAGCGCCUGGCGGGGGGCGGUGUCCUGGGGCCCGCUGGUCUCGGCCCGGCCCAGACCCCUCCAUACCGCCCUGGCCCCCCAGACCCUCCCCCACCUCCCCGCCACCUCCCGACUCAGUUCAACCUGCUGGCUUCCUCUUCCGCCGCUGCCGCCGCCGCCGAGCAGUCCUCCCCACAGCUGUACAACUUCUCGGGUGCUGCCCCGGGCCCCCCACCACCCGAGCGGGCCCUGCCCCGCCAGGACACCGUCAUCAAGCACUACCAGCGGCCAGCCAGUGCCCAGCCCCCGCCGCCCCCGCCACCAGCCCAUGCCCUCCAGCACUACCUGAGCUGUGGAGGCAGCUAUUCCUCCAUGGGCCACAGGGCUAACCUGGCCUGCAGCCCCCUGGGCGGUGGGGAGCCCUCCCCCGGUGCUGGCGAGCCUAGCAAGGCUGGGCCCAGUGGAGCCACAGCUGGGGCAUCGGGCCGGGCUGCAGGCCCCGAGGCGGCUGGAGGAGGUGGGGCAGGGGGUGGCGGUGGAGGUUACCGCCCCAUCAUUCAGUCGCCCGGUUACAAGACGGGCAAAGGCGGCUAUGGAGCAGCUGCGGGCGGUGCCAACAGGCCCCCACCACCCCGUUCAACGGCCACACCCAAAUGCCAGAGUCUGGGUGGGCCAGCAGCGGCCUAUGCCACUGGGAAGGCCUCUGGGGCUGGUGGGGCAGGUGGCCAAGCCUAUUCCCCUGGUCAGCCCCAAGGGCUUCUAGGACCCCAGGCCUAUGGGCAAGGGUUUGGAGGGGGUCAAGCACAGGACUUGAGCAAAGGCCCUAGCUACUCAGGGGGGCCCCCGCAGCCCCCCAGUGGUCCCCCGCCUCCCGGCCUGGCCACGUGUCAGAGCUACUCCCCAGAUCAGCUGCAGGGGCAGCUGUAUGGGGUUCAGGGCGAGCCAUACCCAGGCCCAGCUGCCCACUCCCAGGGGCUACCCACGGCCAGCCCCUCGCUCAGCUACAGCACUGGCCAUUCCCCAGCGCUCUCAGGUCACGGCGGUGGCUGGGGGCCCAGCUCCCUGGGGGGUGGUGGGGAGGCCAGCCCUUCUCACAUCAUCCGCCCACUGCAGUCACCGCCUGCUCCCGGCCGCCCGCCUGGAGUCGGCUCUCCAGGAGCCCCUGGCAAAUACCUGAGUUCUGUCCUGGCCUCAGCCCCAUUCCUGGCGCCCCCAGGAGCCGGCAGCUACGCAGCCGGAGCAGGUGGCUACAAAGGCAAGGGGGAUGGCUCGGAGCUGCUGGCUGGGCCUGGUGGGCCUCCUGCUGAGCGCACAGAAGAUGAGGAAUUCCUCAUCCAGCAUCUCCUGCAGGCACCUAGCCCCCCGCGGACCUCAGGGGCAGAUGGCUUGGUGGGUGAAGAUGGGGCAGCAGAUGCUUCCAAGGGACUUGGGGGUAGUGGUGGGGCUGGGGGUCCACCAGGCACACCCUACGAGCUGGCCAAGGAGGACCCCCAGAGGUAUCAUCUACAGAGCGUCAUCCGUACCAGUGCCAGCCUCGAUGAGGGCGCCACAGCAGCCCUGGAGCUGGGCCUGGGGAGGCUGAAGGAGAAGAAGAAAGGGCCAGAACGGGGCGGCGAGACCCCGGAGGGGCUGGCCACCUCAGUUGUCCACUAUGGGGCAGGUGCCAAGGAGCUGGGGGCCUUCCUCCAAAAGAGCCCACCACCCCCACCUCCCACGGCUCAGCCUGCCCAGCCCACACCCCACGGUCUCCUCCUGGAGGCUGGGGGCCCUGACCUCCCACUGGUGCUGCCUCCACCUCCCCCCCCACAACUCCUCCCCUCAGUCCUCAGCCAUGCCCCCAGCCCCUCUCCCAGUGCCCCAAAAGUUGGCGUUCAUCUCCUUGAGCCAGCCACCCGUGAUGGAGCACCCCAGCCGCCCCCGCCGCCGCCCCCACCUCCACCACCCAUGCCCCUCCAGCUUGAGGCCCACCUCCGCAGCCACGGCCUGGAGCCUGGUGCCCCCAGCCCCCGCCUGCGACCUGAGGAGAGUCUGGAGCCGCCAGGCGCCAUGCAGGAAUUGCUUGGGGCCUUGGAGCCACUGCCCCCGGGGCCUGGUGACACUGGCGUGGGCCCACCUAAUACCGAGGGCAAGGAUCCCUCCGGUGCCUACCGCAGCCCCAGCCCGCAAGGCACCAAGGCCCCCCGCUUUGUGCCACUCACGUCCAUCUGUUUUCCUGACUCCUUGCUCCAAGAUGAGGAGCGCAGCUUCUUCCCCACCAUGGAGGAGAUGUUCGGUGGAGGGGCAGCGGAUGACUAUGGCAAGGCAGGGCCGCCCGAGGACGAGGGUGAUCCCAAGGCGGGGACUGGGCCACCUCCAGGCCCCCCUGCCUAUGAUCCCUAUGGGCCCUACUGCCCGGGUCGGGCGUCUGGAGCCGGGCCCGAGACGCCGGGCCUGGGCCUGGACCCCAACAAACCGCCUGAGCUGCCCUCCACGGUCAAUGCGGAGCCUCUGGGCCUGAUCCAGAGUGGGCCACACCAGGCGGCCCCACCACCCCCACCUCCCCCUCCACCGCCGCCGCCUGCCUCAGAGCCCAAGGGAGGCCUGACCUCGCCCAUAUUCUGCUCUACCAAGCCAAAGAAGCUGCUCAAGACGUCCUCCUUCCACCUACUACGGCGCCGUGACCCACCGUUCCAGACGCCCAAGAAACUGUACGCCCAGGAGUACGAGUUUGAGGCAGAUGAGGACAAGGCCGAUGUGCCCGCUGACAUCCGCCUCAACCCUCGGCGCCUGCCUGACCUGGUGUCCAGCUGCCGCUCCCGCCCGACCCUCUCACCCCUGGGUGACAUCGACUUCUGUCCACCCAACCCAGGCCCCGAUGGCCCCAGGCGCCGUGGCCGCAAGCCCACAAAGGCUAAGCGCGAUGGCCCGCCCCGGCCCCGGGGUAGGCCCCGGAUCCGCCCAUUGGAGGUCCCCACCACUGCUGGGCCAGCCUCAGCCUCGACGCCCACUGAAGGGGCCAAGAAACCUCGGGGCCGGGGCCGUGGUCGGGGCAGGAAGGCCGAGGAGGCAGGGGGCACCCGGCUGGAACCCCUAAAGCCACUUAAGAUCAAGCUGUCUGUGCCCAAGGCCGGCGAGGGUCUGGGAGCCGCCUCUGGCGAUGCUGUACCCGGCGCUGACCACAACAGCCUGGACUCCAGCCUGACCCGGGAGAAGAUUGAGGCCAAGAUCAAGGAGGUAGAGGAGAAGCAGCCAGAGAUGAAGUCCGGCUUCAUGGCCUCCUUCCUGGACUUCCUCAAGUCGGGCAAGCGUCAUCCGCCGCUCUACCAGGCUGGCCUGACGCCCCCACUCAGCCCCCCCAAGAGCGUGCCGUCCUCCGGGCCGGCCCGUGGCCUGCAGCCCCAGCCUCCUGCCGCCCCUGCUGUGCCACACCCGCCGCCUGCCGGCGCCUUCGGGCUGGGGGGUGCACUGGAGGCGGCCGAGAGCGAGGGGCUAGGGCUGGGCUGCCCUUCGCCCUGUAAGCGGCUGGACGAGGAGCUGAAGCGCAACCUGGAGACGCUGCCCUCCUUCUCCUCGGACGAAGAAGACUCUGUGGCCAAGAACCGGGACCUGCAAGAGAGCAUCUCCUCAGCCAUCUCGGCACUCGACGACCCACCCCUCGCUGGGCCUAAAGACACUUCCACCCCAGAUGUGCCCUCCUUGGCGACUGAGGCUGCGGUGCCAGGCCCCCCCCCUCUCCCGGGGCUCCCUAGUGCCAGCAGCAAUGGCACACCCGAGCCCCCGCUGCUGGAGGAGAAGCCCCCGCCCUCGCCGCCUCCCCUGGCAUUGCAGACGGGGCGGGAGCCCCCACCCAUCUGGCGAGUGCAGAAGGCCCUGCUGCAGAAAUUCACUCCCGAGAUCAAGGAUGGGCAGCGACAGUUUUGUGCAACCAGUAAUUAUUUGGGGUAUUUUGGGGACGCGAAAAACCGGUAUCAGCGCCUUUACGUAAAGUUCCUGGAAAAUGUCAACAAGAAGGAUUAUGUGAGGGUCUGUGCUCGGAAACCCUGGCACCGGCCCCCAGUGCCCGUCAGGCGCUCUGGGCAGGCCAAGGGCCCCGUGUCUGCUGGGGGCAGCUCUGCACCUCCUCCCAAGGCCCCGGCACCACCUCCUAAGCCCGAAACCCCUGAUAAGACGGUAUGUGAGAAGCCCCCAGAGCAGACGCCUGAGACACCUGUGCCUGAGCCCCCUGCUGCUGAGAAGCCAUCCCCACCACGGCCCGUUGAGAAGGAAAAGGAGAAAGAGCGGGUGACACGUGGGGAGCGGCCGCUUCGGGGCGAGCGGAGCGCAGGCGGGCGGCAGACUCGGCCUGAGCGGACCCUCACCACAGGACAGACCGCCACCUCCCGGCUGCCCAAGGCCCGACCCACCAAGGUGAAGGCCGAGCCGCCCCCCAAGAAGAGGAAGAAGUGGCUGAAGGAGGCGGCGGGCAAUGCCUCGGCGGGCGGGGGUCCACCAGGCAGCUCCUCGGACUCAGAGUCAUCCCCAGGAGCACCCAGCGAGGACGAGCGAGCAGUCCCUGGGCGUCUGCUGAAGACCCGGGCGAUGCGGGAGAUGUACCGGAGCUACGUGGAGAUGUUGGUGAGCACAGCACUCGACCCGGACAUGAUCCAGGCCCUGGAGGACACGCACGAUGAGCUGUACCUGCCGCCCAUGCGGAAGAUCGAUGGCCUCCUCAAUGAGCACAAGAAGAAAGUCUUGAAGCGGCUGUCGCUGAGCCCAGCCCUGCAGGACGCCCUGCACACGUUCCCCCAGCUGCAAGUGGAGCAGAGCGGGGAGGGCUCCCCUGAGGAGGGGGCCGUGCGGCUGCGGCCAGCUGGGGAACCCUACAACCGCAAGACGCUCAGCAAACUCAAGAGGAGCGUGGUCCGAGCCCAGGAGUUCAAAGUUGAGCUGGACAAGUCGGGAUACUACACGCUCUACCACUCACUCCACCACUAUAAGUACCACACCUUCCUGCGCUGCCGGGACCAGACCCUGGCCAUCGAGGGCGGUGCUGAGGACCUGGGUCAGGAGGAGGUGGUCCAGCAGUGCAUGCGGAACCAGCCGUGGCUGGAACAGCUCUUCGACUCCUUCAGCGACCUGCUGGCCCAAGCACAGGCCCACAGCCGCUGCGGGUGACCCCGCCUAGCCUGGGGGAGCCACCUCUUCCAUGAACGGAGAAUUGGGACAGAACUGUGUCCUCAGGAGCUAACCCCCUGGGCCCCGUCGCCAGGGAAAGGGGGGGGGUCAUUGGUCCGGGUGUGUCCAUGCUGCCCCCACAGGGCAGGGUUCAAAGUUCAACUCCUCCCCUCUCCCACGCCCCCUCCAC